GUCUUUUAGAAGGAUGGGAUCUAGUCACCACCCCAUAUAUAUGCAGCUGCUGCGUACACAAUUCAGUAGUAGUCAGAAUGUAUUGUAAGCUGUUUGUAUUGGUGCUGGUAUGCGCUGCUUUUUCAGCAGCUACUGCUAAUACCGCACGCAGGGGUAAGGCGGUCGGAGCACCGAUGAAAGCAAAUGCGGAUGACGAUGAUGUUCAAGAGGCGCUGACAUUCGCUAUGAGAGAGUUUAACAAAGGCAGCAAUGAUAUGUAUGUCAGCAAGGCGACCAGAGUGGUAUCUGUGGAGAAGCAGCUUGUUGCUGGAAUUAACUAUUUUAUUGAAGUGGAAGUCGGGAGGACUACGUGUACUAAACCAACCAAUAACAUUGAAACAUGUAACCUGCACGUUGAACCAAACUUAGCAAAGAGCAUCCAUUGUUCUUUUACGGUUUACAUUAUUCCUUGGAAGGGAAUAUCUAAGUUGUCUAAAAAUGAAUGCCACUAAAGAAACAUCAAAUCAACGGUUCAGUCUUUUUAGAAUAUUGCAAUAUCAUCAAAAUAUUCUAGGCUUUUUAAUUGCUUUAUUUUUUACAUUUAUGGUUUGAAUCUAUUAAUAAUGUAUUAUCUGUAACACCACUCAUUACAGCAAAUAAAAUUUUAACAAAUAUUCAAAAGCUAUAAUAUAUAAA